AGCGGGUUCCGCUUGGCAAUCUCAUCCCGGGGGGACCAGUGGCCAAGCUGAUCGGUUCCGGGAGGAAAAAGCUUUCGAGCCGCUGUGCCACUAGGCACGGAGGAUGUGAGCUGCUACCUUGCGAUCGAGGCCUAAGUGAUGUGAAGACCAAAGAAGAGAGAGCGGAAGAGGCAAAAUGUAUUGCAUUACGAUGUCUGUGGAGGGAAUGACUUGCAAUUCCUGUGUACAGACCAUUGAGCAACAGAUUUCAAAAUUACAAGGAGUCAGCAAAGUAAAGGUGUCACUUGAAAACCACAAUGCAGCUAUUGUGUACAAUCCAGAGUUCCAGUCCCCUGAGUCGCUGCAGGAAGCAAUUGAUGAUAUGGGUUUUGAAGCUGCUCUGACUGACACAAGUCCAGUGCCCGUUACACCAGAAUUAGCCCUUCACAAUGACCCCAGCCUGACUCUCCAGCCUUGCCAGCAGAUUGGAAACAAAGCAUCCGCUAUAAAAGAUGAGAAGAGGAAAAAGCCACCUGUUGAAGAUGAUGGAGCCCUGCCUUCAGUCUCCAACACAGCAAGUUUGAAUGAAGAUAUUGUUGACAUGGCUGGAGACAAGAAGCAGUUGAUGCCCGAGGAAAAUCAGCUGACACAAGACAGUGAAAUGGUGGUGAAGAUGAGGAUAGAAGGAAUGACUUGUCACUCCUGCUGCAGCACAAUUGAAGGCAAGGUUGGGAAGCUGCAGGGUGUUCAACGUAUUAAAGUUUCCUUGAAUAGCCAGGAAGCUACAAUUGUGUACCAAGCUCACCUCAUUACACCAGAGGACCUCAGAAGUCAAAUCGAAAGUGCUGGCUUCUUUGCCACAAUCAAGACCAAGGCCAAACCUUUGAAACUGGACGUUGACAUUGAACGUCUAAUAAAUGCAACUCAGGCAUCAAAAAGUGCUGUACAAGAGGUGACUAACAAUCUAACAAAUCUGAUUCUUAGAAUAGAUGGCAUGCACUGCACUUCCUGUGUAACAAACAUUGAAAGUAACAUAUCUGAACUUACUGCUGUGCACAAAAUCAAAGUUUCUUUGGAAAGUAAGAGUGCUCUUAUACAAUACAACCCAACCAUGAUCACUUCAAAUGCCUUACAACAAGCUAUUGAGGCCUUACCUCCUGGAAAUUUCAAAGUUUUUCUCCCUGAUGAAUGUCAGUCUGCAAAAUCUGCCCCUAAUGUUGCACAGCAUCCAUCGGUGUCUUCAAUUCAACCAACUUUUGAAUCAAAACAUCAACUGAGCAGUGUGGCGGUGAUUAAUAUAAAAGGAAUGACUUGUAAUUCCUGUGUGAGGACUAUAGAGGAAAAUCUUUCCGGUAAAAGUGGAGUGAUGUCAGUUCAAGUUUCUCUGGCACAGCAGAAUGGAACUGUGGAAUACGAUCCUCUAUUUACCAACCCUGAGGAGCUGAGGGACAUGAUAGAUGAUAUGGGAUUUGAUGCCAUUCUUCCAGGGAACACAGAACCUGCAAUGAUAAUAACAGAAGUUUUGCCCAAAGUGUCCAUCAAAGACAAAAAAACAAGAAAUGGUAUUUGUGAAACCAAAGUCAAAGAAGAGUUGCCACCCCAGGAGCUGGGCAUCACUUCACAGAACACAGGGUCUCUGGCUCCAGAAAAAUGUUUUAUUCAGGUUACUGGCAUGACCUGUGCAUCCUGUGUGGCAAACAUUGAGAGGAAUUUGAAACAGGAAGAUGGUAUAUAUACCGUGCUGGUUGCUUUAAUGGCUGGGAAAGCAGAAGUGAGGUACAACCCAGCCAUCAUAAACCCUCCAGACAUUGCUGAGUUAAUAAAGGAACUGGGGUUUGGUGCUUCUGUGCUGGAGGACAGUGAUGGAUCAAAUGGUCAUUUGGAACUGGUUGUGCGAGAAAUGACCUGUGCUUCGUGUGUUCAUAAUAUUGAAUCAACACUCAUGAAAACUAAAGGCAUUUUGUACACAUCAGUAGCCCUGGCGACUAAUAAAGCUCAUGUUAAGUUUGAUCCUGAGUGUAUCGGACCUCGCGAUAUCAUAAAAAUAAUAGAGGGUCUAGGUUAUGGUGCUUCCCUAGUCAAAAAGGAUCGCACUGCAAGUCAUUUGGAUCAUCGUGAAGAAAUCAGACGAUGGAAGAGGUCAUUUCUCAUCAGUUUGUUUUUCUGCAUUCCUGUGAUGGUCAUGAUGAUUUACAUGAUUGUUGCAGAUCAUGCAUUCUACAAGGGCCAUCAGAAUGGCUCAACUACUGAUGAGUUUGAAGAACACCAUGCCUCGAUGUUUCUGGAACAGCAGCUCCUUCCAGGGCUCUCCAUUAUGAAUUUGCUGUCCUUCAUUCUCUGUCUUCCAGUUCAGUUUAUAGGAGGCUGGUACUUUUAUAUCCAUGCAUACAAGGCACUGAAACACAAAACUGCCAACAUGGAUGUACUGAUAGUUCUUGCCACAACGGUUGCUUUCUUGUACUCCUGUGUUGUACUGGCUGUUGCCAUGAUGGAGAAGGCCAAAGUAAAUCCAGUUACCUUCUUUGAUACACCGCCUAUGCUGUUUGUCUUCAUUGGUUUGGGACGAUGGCUUGAGCACAUUGCUAAGAGCAAGACGUCUGAAGCACUUGCAAAGCUCAUGUCAUUGCAGGCAACUGAGGCAACAAUAGUGAAGAUAAACGAUCAUCAUUCCAUUUUAAGUGAAGAGCAGGUUGAUGUGGAAUUGGUGCAGCGAGGAGACAUUGUAAAGGUGGUCCCGGGAGGCAAAUUCCCUGUGGAUGGUAAAGUAAUUGAGGGGCAUUCGAUGGCUGAUGAAUCUCUGAUCACUGGUGAAGCAAUGCCAGUUACUAAGAAGUUGGGAAGCAGUGUCAUUGCAGGUUCUAUCAAUCAGCAUGGGUCUUUACUGAUUGAAGCUACUCAUGUUGGGUCAGAAACUACCCUCUCCCAAAUUGUGAAGCUGGUUGAAGAAGCACAAACCUCCAAGGCCCCCAUUCAACAGUUUGCAGAUAAGCUGAGUGGGUACUUUGUCCCAUUCAUUGUUGGAGUUUCGGUUCUUGCUUUGAUUGCCUGGAUUAUCAUUGGAUUUUUCGACUUUGAACUUGUCGAAAAAUACUUUCCUGGUUACAACAAAAGCUUGGCUCAAUCUGAGGUGAUCAUACGCUUUGCAUUCCAAGCCUCUAUCACUGUACUUUGCAUCGCAUGCCCCUGUGCGUUGGGAUUGGCGACCCCCACUGCAGUAAUGGUGGGGACUGGAGUAGGUGCACAGAAUGGGAUCCUGAUUAAAGGAGGGGAGCCACUGGAGAUGGCACACAAGAUUAACACAGUAGUUUUUGAUAAAACUGGAACAAUCACUCAUGGAACUCCCAGAGUAAUGAACUUGAAGAUGCUGACAGAAAGUAGCUACAUAUCUGAAAUGAAGCUUUUGGCCAUCAUUGGCACAGCAGAAACGAACAGUGAGCAUCCUUUGGGUGUAGCAGUAACCAAAUACUGUAAACAGGAACUAGGUUCAGAAGUGCUUGGCUCAUGUUCAGAUUUUCAAGCAGUUCCAGGCUGCGGUAUCACGUGCAAAGUCUCAAACAUCGAAUCUCUGUUAAAGAACAAGAACAGUGAGGUGACAGAGAACAAUGCUCGGAACAUGGUGCUAAUACAGAUUGAUGAGAAAAGCGGUGGUGAUGCUUUAGCACGCCCUCUCAUCCAAGAAUCCCAAUCUGAAACAGGCCCAGGGAAAUCUCAGAUCUUUUCAGUGCUGAUUGGAAAUCGCGAGUGGAUGAAAAGGAAUGGGCUAAUUAUUAGUAAAGAUGUGGAUGGUUGCAUGACAGAACAUGAAAGCCAGGGUCAUACAGCGAUACUGGUCACUGUGGACGGUGUACUGUGUGGAAUGGUAGCGAUUGCAGAUAUUGUGAAGCCAGAAGCAGACUUAGCUGUUCACACUUUGAGGAGCAUGGGGUUGGAUGUGGUUCUUAUGACUGGAGACAACAGUAAAACUGCCAGGGCCAUUGCUGCUCAGGUUGGCAUCACCAAGGUAUUUGCUGAAGUCCUUCCCUCACACAAAGUGGCAAAAGUGGCGCAGCUACAGAAGGAAGGGAAUAUUGUGGCAAUGGUGGGUGAUGGUGUGAAUGACUCUCCAGCACUGGCGAUGGCUGAUGUUGGAAUUGCCAUUGGAACAGGCACAGAUGUUGCUAUUGAAGCGGCAGAUGUUGUUUUAAUUCGGAAUGAUCUUCUUGAUGUAGUGGCAAGUAUUCAUUUGUCCAAAAAGACAGUCCGGCGAAUUCGGAUAAACUUCGUGUUUGCUUUAAUUUAUAAUAUUGUUGGUAUUCCCAUAGCUGCUGGGGUCUUCCUACCAGUGGGAUUGAUACUACAACCUUGGAUGGGAUCUGCUGCAAUGGCAGCAUCAUCUGUUUCAGUCGUCCUGUCUUCACUCCUUUUAAAGCUUUACAAGAAGCCCAAUCCUGUCAAAAUGGAAGCCAGAGCACAGAGUCACAUGAAGCGGAGGUCUCUAUCAGAAAUCAGUGUGCACAUUGGUGUGGGUGAGAUGAGGCAGGAAUCGCCAAAGUUAAGCCUACUUGACCGAAUAAUACACCGCAGCCAAGCCUCCAUUAACUCUGUCAGGUCAGAAAGACGAUCGAUCACCAACAUUCCCCUGCACGAUCCAGACAAACACUCUCUCCUUUUGGGAAGAGAUGAAGAUGAUGCUGUUUGAGCAGACCCGAGAUGAGCACAGGAGAUUUGACCCUUUGACAACAAUUUUUCAUCUCUGCUCCAGAAUGUCAUUGUCUAGAACUCUUGUGGAUGAAUGAAAAGCAUAGGAGAGAUCAAUGCUUUACUCAGCUGUUACACCUGAUACACAUAUUUUUGAUUGUGAUGUUUUAUCCAGAGGCUUUGUUUUUUGACAUUUUUCUGAUUUCCAUCUUAUCUCUGUAUACAGGAGGCAAAGGUGGCGUGAAUCAUGAACCUCCAACCUCUGAUCUGCCAGCAAAGAUUAUGUUGGGCUCAUUGAAUGUUAGUUCUCCAUUUUUUUCACAACUCUAUUUAGAAGCCCAACUGAAAACUCACCCAUCAAAGAUUUUACAUGUCUGAACUGGAAUUCUGAGCUGCCUCAACUGCGUGUGGCAUAUUUAUUCUCUCCAGAGAUUUAAAAUGGUGCCUGUGGUGCCCUUUGCUGUCCAGUAAGGACCAACUCCAUCAUUUAAGUCCUUGCUGACCUACACACAUCCACACUCUUGUAUAUUUUCUCUCACUAAAAGCUCAUGCAAUAUGUAAUACACACCAAAGUGACCUCCGAAAUCAAAGAUUCAGUACUAAUACUUAAAUUUGAUAAACGGGUUUGUAGUGUAGUUAACCCAGUUUAGCAACACACUACACUGCAGUGGUGACGCUAUUCAUCGAUGAUUCACUUCAUUUGACAGAUUUGUAUUCUUGCUGUAUUCAUAGAAGGAACUUUAAUUUUGUGGUAGUAAAUUGGAGGAAAUUAAAAAUGAUGCAUUUUCCAAAUUUAUUUAAAAGAAACUUUACUCAUCAAUUUUAAUAAUGUCAGGUUGCAAUUAUUCUAUAUUACUUGAUUCUGUGCUAUAUGCCAGUCAGUUGUGUUUUAAUAAACACUCAUGCAGUUGGCACUGGAUACUGCAUUCAGUCUGUUGAAAUAUUCUCUCUUUGCCCUUUUCCUAUUUGGUAGAAGAUCUUUCUCAGUGAUUCUGGAAUUAUCUUUUGUUUUUGUAAGAUAAACCAUGCCUGCCAGUUAGCUUGAUACUUAAAUCUGUGAUCCUUCCUUCAGCAUCUACUAAUAGACAUAGCUGCUCUCACUACUUGCUGAGUUAUUUCAGCAGUGGAGUAGAAAUGACAAUUAUGUUCUGGGGAAAACAUCUCAAAGUUAGAAAGUGUAAAUGUUACUAAAGAUAGUUUAUUAUUUUUCACUUCCGUUAAGAUUUGUUUAUAAUAUACUAUUGUUAUGUGGUGAAAUACAGGAAUAAUUUUCUUUGUAUUAAUAUGAAGGACUUUUCUUUUUGCAGGGCAAUAGGAAACUUAAUUUUUUUCCCAAAGAAAAUGAUCAUCUUGAGGUAAUCUGUCAUAAGUAGAGUCAAAGAGAAGUACAGCUCAGAAACAGGUCCUUCAGCCCAUCUAAUCCAUACCAAAUCAUUUAAACUGCAUUCUCCCAUCGAUCUGCACUGGGACCAUAGCUGUCCAUAUCCCUACUAUCCAUGUUCUUAUCCAAACUUCAUUUAAAUAUUGAAAUCCAGCUCGCAUUCACCACACUCAUGACCCUCUGAGUGAAGAAGUUUCCACACAUCUUCUCCUUAAACUUCUCACCUUUAUCCCUUAACCCAUGACCUCUAGUUGUAGUCCCACCCAACCUUAUCGGAAAAAGCCUGCUAGCAUUUACCCUAUCUAUACCCCUCAUAAUUUUGUAUAUUUCUAUCAAAUCUCCUUCCAAUCUUCUACUUAUUAAAUAAUACAGUCCAAAUUUAUUCAGUCUUCCCUUAUAACUUAGGUCUUCCAGACACAGCAACAUCCUUGUAAAUUUUCUCUGUACGCUUUCAAUCUUGUUUACAACUUUGCUGUAGGUAGGUGACCACAACUGCAUACAAUAUUCUAAAUCAGGUCACACCCACUUCUUAUAGGACUUCACCAUAACAUCCCAUUUCUUGUACUCAGUAAAUUGAUUUAUGAAGUCCAAUGUGCCAAAAGCUUCCUUUAUGACUCUAUUUACCCAUGACACCACUUUCAACAAAUUAUGGACCUGCAUUCCCCAUUCCCUUUGUUCUACCACACUCCUCGGUGCUCUACCAUUCACUGUGUAAGACCUACCCUGGUUUGUCCUACCAAAGUGCAACACCUCAUACUUGUCUGCAUUAAAUUCCAUCUGUCACUUUUCUCCCAUAGGGAGUCUGUACUUGCCUCCCUUAGGGCUCAAGGGAUCAUCUUGUCAGGCCCUGAGGAUUUAUCCCCCUGAUCUGCCUCAGGACAGCAAACACCUCCUCUGUAAUCUGUACAGGGUCUCUGAAGCUGAUGUUGCUUUGCCUCUUUUCUAUAGACUCUGUAUCUAUCUCCUGGGUGAAUACAGAGGCAAAAAUAAAUCUUUCAGAUCAGCCCCAUCUGCUUUGGCUCCACAUAUGGAUUACCAUUCUGAUCUUCCAGAGGACCAACUUUGUCCCUUGAAAUCUUUUGCUCUUAACAUAUCUGUAGAAUCCCGUAGGAUUCCUCUUCACCUUGUCUGCUAGAGCAACUUCAUGUCUUCUUUUAGUGCUCCUGAUUUCUUUCUCAAGUGUUCUUUCAUUUUUAUACUCCAUAAGCAGCUUAUUUGUUCCUACCUGCCUAUACCUGCUAUGUACCUCCUUUUUUCUCUUAACCAGGGCCUCUUGAUGCAGAAGUUCAAAAAAGAUCCUUCCAAGUUCAUCAGGUCACCUCAGUUUUGAUAUAUGAAGUGAAAUGAGUGUAGAUAUAUGAUAGUGGAACUUAAAGAACUUUGUUGCAUAAUCUAUAUAUGCCAACCAGAUUGUUCUAUUAACUGGGACCUUUCAAUUUCCCUGGUGCCUUGGUUUCAGUCUUAGAUUUGCAAGUCAGAGAACACUAAAGGUACAACAUGAAAGUAGAUUUUAUCACAAUGGUUAUUGGUGAUUCAUCUACUGCUACGAUAUUUCUCAAUAGUUUCUGCUUAGCAAUACCUAGUGAUUAGUUUUGCCAUUGUCUGAAUGUCAAGGGUCAGACACAUAUCUACCUAAUUUCGUGCAAUAUGUUCAGCCACAGGUUCCUAAUAUAUGCAGACGGUUUACUUUGAGAGAUAUCCUCUGGUUUUGUUUAUCUGCAUUAUAUAUUGUUAUGUUAGUCACACUAUUAUUAUUUUAAAUACUAUUGUUUAGUCAUUCAUCCCAUCUAAUUCAGCAAGUCUUAUAUUGUCCAAUUGUACUGAAGUUUUUUUUUCCUUCCUGUGUUUCCCUCCUCAAAACUUUGUGUUGUCCACUUUGAAUUAGAAAGGGCAUUGAAGGAGACCAAUCCUGUCAUAAUAAUAUUUGUAUACGCAUUCUGCGGGAAGAAAAUUGAAGGAACCAACAUUGAAUGUGUGUCAUUUCUCCCUGAUUAAACUACCUCCCAGCUUUUCAACCCAAGAGUGUUUGGCCUGUUUCAAUUGUAGGUUAAGUAUCAUCAAUAUUUAUUCGCUGUGGGGUUGGGAUUGCAAUGGAGUGCAGUAAUGAGCUGGUAUUGCAUUUAUGAGCCGUUGAUGCAGAAAAGGGGAUUUGCUAGCUGCGUAUAAAUAAGGAUUGCAAAUGUUGCCAGGGGCUUUGUAAUAUUUCAACUAGCCACCAGAUGCCAGACACUUUUUAUAACUCAAUUUAUUGAAAAUAAUUUAGUAAUAAAUGGUAGCCCUUUUCUCCUGCACUUUUUCCAGAUCCUGCAAAUUUUUGACAAAGUACAUUGUCUUAGUUUGACUGCCAGUGGCCCUAGGCAUUGUGUGGUGUACACUAAAAUAAAAAAAUAUUUUUUAUUUCUAAAGAACAAAACUAUUUUUUUCUUUCCAAUAUUUCUUAUUUUUCCCUAAAGGUGGCACUUCUGUAUAUGGCACAGAAUAAUCUGCUCUUGGGUAUAGCUAGCAUUUUUUAUAAUCUGGGUAAUGUGCUUUGAAGGGAGAUUCUAAAACAUUUUAAUUAGUUAAAAUAUGCUGCAUAUUUUUUUUACUCUUUUUGAAGGAAAAGUCUUAUGAAUGCCUGUCUUUCAAAGCUGCCUGGUAAGGUGGUGUUCCUCCUCAAACAUUGCCUUUUUGAGAAAGUUUCCAGCAGAUGCACUUCUUCCAAUGCGUACAUACAGAGACAGACACGGACAUGCAUAGAAACAUGCACCCUCAUUCAGGCGCAGGCAUUCAUGGACAGGCUCGCAUGCUCACCUACAGAUACCACCCAUACUGUAAUCACAGUCAGAAGUUACUGUACACAGACUGGGCCACUUCCAGACUGCAAUGAUCUGGAUGACAACAAUCAGCUGUGUUGCAGUUUGGGAUGUGCACAUUUGCAAAGGAAUCCCAAAAUUACUGUAGUACACAAAUAAAUUCCAGCUAUUCCAUGUACAACUGCCACAAUUUUUUGCAGAAAUUUCAAGCCAACGAUCAUGUCUUUGUAAAAGUGAUGGCGUAUUUGUUCUUUCAAGAGUAGUUGAUAGUAGUCAUGAUAUAUACAGUAUACUUAAUUCAUUUUCUUGAGCAGAAAAAUAUACUCGUAUAUAACUUUAUCAAAUAUAAUUGGUAGUAAUUUAUCAUUUGUGCUACAUUUGACAUUAUAGAUGCAAAAAUUAAUCAUAUUUCUGCCAUCAAAAGAAUUAGCAUUCCACAUCUAAAAUGGUAGUAGUUUCUUUGCUCGAUGUAUUUCCAGAGUCUCUAUGGAACUUCUAUUUUUGAUUUAAAUUUAAAAUAGGGAAUUGUUCAAUAAAAUUGAAGAAAUACUAGAGUGAAAAAUUCUGACAAAACAUUUAAAUCUUUUUGGAAAAUGAUGAUACAUAUUUUGUGGUUUGAUAGUUUGAGCACCCAUUUUAUGACUAUAUCCUAAUGAAAAUUGUUAGAAUAUUACAAAAUAAAAUAUUACUGGCGCCUUUCAAACCUCCAUUCCUGAUGAUGACAUAUUGGGAUAUGAUUGGGCCAAAGAUAGCGAGCCUUUAUUGCUUUAGGUUUUCAUUGUAUUGCAGGAAUUAUCAAUGAAGUAUGCUAGAUCAUAAUGCAUCAGUUAUGUGCUAUUGAAAAGGUGUUGUACAAGUGCUGAUAAUUUCCCUCAUCUGGAAUCCAUCAAUGAUAAUAUAUUUGGAAGUUAAAAACUUAGCUUGAUAUUUAAUCAUUCAUUUGAAGAUUUGGGGGAUUCCCUGAUUCCAUAAAUUUAUCAAAUGGUUGUUUUAGACCAUAAUACAUUGGAGCAGAAUUAGGCCAUUUGGCCCAUUGAGUCUGCUCUACCAUUCUAUCAUAGCUAAUAUAUUAUCCCUCUCAACCUCAUUCGCCUGCCUUCUCCCCUUAACCUUUGAUGUCCUGGAUAAUCAAUAUUCAAAGGGUUUCAGUACAAUCCUCCCUCAUUCUUCUAAACUGUAGUGAGUAUAGGCACAGAGCCAUCAAAUACUCCUCUUACAUUAACCCUUUCAUUCCCGUAAUCAUUCUCAUGAACCUCCUUGGGACCCUCUCCAAUUCCAGCAAUUCUUUUUUUUUAAGAUAAGCCCAGAACUACUCAGAUUCCUUCUCUUGGGAUCCAGCACCAUCCUGAUUUUCCCAAUCUAUCUGCAUAUUGAAAGCCCCCAUUACUAUCGUAACAUUGCCCUUUUUUCUAUUUCUCAUUAUAAUUUGUAGCCCAUAUCCUGGCUCCUGUACGGAGGCCUAAAUAUAACUGCAUCUGGGUCUUUUUACCCUUGCAGAUUCUUUCCACCCACAAUGGUUCUACAUCUUCUGAUCAUAUGUUAUAGAAUUGAUUCAUGAUUAAAUCUGCUCAUGUUACCUCAGCAAAAGACUACAAAUGGACAAGGGAGAGCCAGUGGAUGUAGUGUACCUGGACUUCCAGAAAGCUUUUGAUAAAGUCCCACAUAGGAGAUUAGUGGGCAAAAUUAGGGCACAUGGUAUUGGGGGCAGAGUACUGACAUGGUUUGAAAAUUGGUUGGCUGACAGGAAACAAAGAGUAGUGAUUAACGGGUCCCUUUCGGAAUGGCAGGCUGUGACCAGUGGGGUACCACAAGGUUCAGUGCUGGGACCGCAGCUGUUUACAAUAUACAUUAAUGAUUUAGAUGAAGGGAUUAAAAGUAACAUUAGCAAAUUUGCCGAUGACACAAAGCUGGGUGGCAGUGUGAAAUGUCAGGAGGAUGUUAUGAGAAUGCAGGGUGACUUGGACAGGUUACAUGAGUGGGCAAAUGUAUGGCAGAUGCAGUUUAACGUGGAUAAGUGUGAGGUUAUCCACUUUGGUGGCAAGAACAGGAAGGCAGAUUACUAUCUAAAUGGAGUCAAGUUAGGAAAAGGGGAAGUACAAUGAGAUCUAGGUGUUCUUGUUCAUCAGUCAAUGAAAGCAAGCAUGCAGGUACAGCAGGCAGUGAAGAAAGCUAAUGGCAUGCUGGCCUUUAUAUCAAGAGGAGUUGAGUAUAAGAGUAAAGAGGUCCUUCUGCAGCUGUACAGGGCCCUGGUGAGACCCCACCUGGAGUAUUGUGUACAGUUUUGGUCUCCAUAUUUGAGGAAGGACAUUCUUGCUAUUGAGGGAGUGCAACGUAGGUUCACAAGGUUAAUUCCCUGAAUGGUGGGACUGUCAUAUGUUGAAAGAUUGGAGCGACUGGGCUUGUAUACACUGGAAUUUAGAAGGAUGAGAGGGGAUCUGAUUGAAACAUGUAAGAUUAUUAAGGGAUUGGACACACUAGAGGCAGGAAGCAUGUUCCUGCUGAUGGUUGAGUACAGAACUAGAGGCCACAGUUUAAGAAUAAGGGGUAGGCCAUUUAGAACAGAGAUGCGGAAAAACUUUUUCACCCAGAGAGUGGUGGAUAUGUGGAAUGCUCUGUCCCAGAAGGCAGUGGAGGCCAAGUCUCUGGAUGCAUUCAAGAGGGAGUUAGAUAGAGCUCUUUUAGAUAGCGGGGUCAAGGGAUAUGGGGAGAGGGCAGGAACGGGGUACUGAUUGUGUAUGAUCAGCCAUGAUCACAGUGAAUGGCGGUGUUCGCUAGAAGGGCCGAAUGGCCUACUCCUGCACCUACUGUCUAUUGUCUAUUAACCCUCCAACCUGUUCUGAUAUAGAUGAUACAUUUUAUGUGUAAUCGAUUUGACCAAAGACACUUAUAUUCAUGCUAAAUUUUUUUACAUUACUCAAGUCCCUACAAUGUGGUCGGAAUGAUAAAGAAGUCACAUUGCUUAUCUAAGUUCACCCAUCUAGAUAAAACCACAGUCCCCCUCUAAAGAGAUUCCAGAGAUGUUGCUUCCCUUAUCUUAGUUAAAAGACCAUUUUUCAUGUGAAGAAGCUCUUCUAAAUUUGCCCGGCUCUAAAGCAGAAGUUCCCAACAUUUUUUAUGCCAUGAAGCAAUACCAUUAACCAAGAGGUCCGUGGACCCCAGGUUGGAAACCCCUGCUUUAGAGUGAUCCCUGUUCCAUUUUCUCCUGCUGGUAUGUCUUUCUACAUUGUACUUUGGUCUUUUCUUCCAUGCUAUAUCCUGACAAACUCAGCUACAGCAUUGCCUCUUAUUCAUUCCUUUCAAAGCUAAGAAAAUAAUUCCUUUAUAUUUAUAUAUGCACAGCAAGGUAUUGUAGGGGUUAGUACAAUCCCUUUACAGAGUCAGUGAGUUGUCUGUAAGGAGUUUGUAUAUUCUCCACAUGACUACAUGGGUUUCCUCUGGGUGCUCUGGUUCCCUCCCACAUUCUAAUCCCCUAUGGUCAGGGUUAGUAAGUUUAUUUCUAUACAUGUAGGCUCAAGUUAAAUCCUAAUGUUGCCUACUAUGAGGAUUAGUAGCCAUUGGGCAUUUGCUUUGACUGAAUCCUGAUGGGUCCCCAACUAAUUUUUGUAACUUGACACUUAUAGUUAGCUCACUAAGAUUCAAAACACUAACCUAUCACACUCCUCGACAAUAUAUAAAGUGAAGUUUGCACAUUUAAACAAGACAGGAUGGCUUCCAAACCCUGUAUUUUCUUACUAACGUUAAAUUUGUUUCUCUCAUUUACACAAUACAAACUCCUGCACCAGGCACUCCCGCUGAUUUUUUUGGAAGGCGAUUUGUCAUUAAACCCAGAUGGGAAUGAAUACAAAAGAGAAAAAAAAAUUGCUGAACUUGAGUUAACUAGUUCAUUAGUUAAAUUAUAAGGACCAAAAAUUAAGUUGUUACCAUGCCGUUCUAUGGCUGUCAUUACUGUUGAGCGUGUUUAUUGUUUAGAAAUAUAUUGACCACUGCCUGGGUAGAGAAAAGUGGACCUUGAAUGUUAGUAUUUUUAUUUGCGAAUUAAUGCCACUUUGGAAUAUGAAUUUAAGCUGACAGCCAGCACUCUUGUAAAUUAGUUUCAUAUUGCAAUAAAAUCUGUUUGCAAAGUUUCUGAAAGCAUUGGAUUAUGUUGCCCAUAGAUGUGGUAGGUUACCAAUCAAAUGAUUCCUAUCAUUUUCGUAACAGAAACUAUUUGGGAUGAAGUUGUAUAUCACAAAUAUGAACAAAUCUGCAGUUGCUGGGAUGAAGUAGGCCCAUCAAGGGAAGUUCAGGCAGACCACUGAAAUCCCUUUGAUACUCUGUUUAAACAAUGAUGUGCAUUGCAUCAAUACUUUCUUCUUAAAAUGCACUCAAAAUGAAAGUAAUUAGCCAUUUAAACACCAGUUCUGUGAAUUUUACUAAUUUCAUAAUUUGUUCACAUUCCAUUUUAUAAACAAUAUUUGCCCCCUACUCCUCAGAUUCAAUGUUGUCUUCAAAUGAUAUGGUUGUUCUGUGCUCUUAUUUUUCUCCCACAGUGAAAGUUAUUUAAGCUUCCUAAACAGCAUAAUAUUCUUUCAAUAUGUCUAGAAUAAACUUUAUUAUAUUGCUUUGUGUUAACGUGUAGAAUAAUAAAAACCUGUAUAACUCUUUUCCAAAAAUUUUAUAUUAAAGUUUAGAGAUUUGUUUUUAUUUUUGAAAAUGUUGAUAUGCUGUUGACCAGAUUUAAUGUGUAGUUUUGUGAAUUCAUAUGUAUAAAUCACAAUAAAAGCCCACGAUGAUGA